GGCAACACAAUCAAAGAUAUAUUAUUCCAUCUUCCGUACCAAUCACGUCGGAGGAAAUGUGUGUGUAUAUCUAUCUGCUCUUUACACGGUACCCUUUACUCUUCUUGACUUUGUACACAUCCUUACCUCGACAUCUUCAAUUUCUUUCUCUUCAUGCCAUCUCCCUCCCCUUGGCCAUCUCCAUUCUCAUACCUCGCCGCCCCAAACCCGUUCAAGCCGUUUUGGUGGAGAAUAUCGAUCUCCUAAGUAGUUUUGGCUCUAGUUCGCGUUCUCGCUCGCGUUCUCGCUCAUCGAUGGUUCCACUCCCAUCUUAACCUUACCCCGAAGAGCUUCAACCAUCAGUUUGCCUCGCUCGAACUUCCAGAUUGCCAUCGAGUAACAUAAUUCACACACCGACACCGACACCGACACCGACGCCUCUGUCUCCAUCUUCGUUCGUUCGCGGAAAGACACCUUCGCACUUCCCUUUGCCACGAUUGAAAUCUUUCCAAAGAGGUACUUUGUGCCCAUUGCGCUCGUUAUUAAGGAUCACCAGUGGACUUUGCUUUAAUCCUUGAACGUUUAAGCUUCUGAUCCGAAAUAUAACCCCAAUCCCCAUAUUACGCUUUAUGCCAUCGCGCAUCCAUCCAUCUUGAAGGACCAACAGAGCGAUACGGCGUCUUGGCUAAAGAUUGGAGACGGGGAAAAGGGAAAAGGGAAAAGGGAAAGAAGGAGGCGCUCGUUGUGCACCUUUCCAUCUCACCAACAAAAGAAGAAGAAGAAGAAGAAGAAGAAACCUUCAAUCGUAAAUCAUAAACUCGCAAUCAUUCCAUUCUUUCAUCGAUAAGAAAACACUUUAUCUUCAAUUCAAUCGCGACAACUCCGUCUGGUGCGACCAUCAUCGAACGGCAUCUACGGACCUUCCGGACUUCAAAGCUGGGGGGAAAUUCGAAUUUUACCGGAGCGACUUACACUUUUUCAUAAUUUAUUGGACAAGAUAACAUCAAUAAUAUGGCGACCAAUUCUUCCAUGAGGAUAGGAAGUUGGUUACUCUUCUUCCUGGCAAUUUCAAUCACGGAUGCUUUCUAUAUACCAGGUUGGUCGAUUAAAAGUUACAAAGACAACGAAGCAAUCCCAUUGCUAGUCAACAAGGUUUACUCCGACAAUACACAAUUACAAUAUGCCUACUACGAUCUUCCAUUCGUGUGUCCUCCAACCGGUGUUCGUCAUGCCGGAUCUUCUCUACUCAGCGGCCAAAGUAUAUCAUUGAAUCUCGGCGAAGUCUUACGCGGAGACAGAAUAACACAAUCCGAUAUCGAAUUGGUAAUGGGGAAGGAUCAAGAAUGCAACUUCCUCUGUUCCAAAACGGUCACUCGAAGAGAUCUUAAACGCGCAAAGGAAUUGGUUAAGGAUGGUUAUGUUGUGGAAUGGAUUGUGGAUAAUUUACCUGGAGCAACGAGUUUUGUGACGGUGGAUAAAAGCAAGAAAUAUUACGCUGCCGGAUUCAAAUUGGGCUACAAGGACUUUUCUCAAACCGGCAAAGCGAGAUAUUUCAUCAACAAUCAUCUUACAAUCGUGCUGCGGUAUCGAAAAGCUCCAGGAAAGGAUGGAGAAAAAGGUGGAAAGGUUAUUGUUGGAUUCGAAGUUUAUACCAAGAGUGUUGGAGCUGAUAAGAGAGUGGAAUCGGGAUGUCCUGCGGAUCUAAAUGAUGCCAAUACACCAUUUGAAUUAUAUCUCGCCCCGAAUCAUACCGAUUCUUCACCCGCCCUCGCAUACCCACUUUCAUCAUAUCAUCCACCGGAGAGAGAAAUAGAUUUGGAUGAUGGAGCUACAAUGGAGAUUCCAUACACCUACUCUGUUUAUUUCCGUGAGGAUGAAAAGGUCGAAUGGAGGAAUCGAUGGGAUCUAUACUUCGUUAACCAAGAGGAAGGAACAAGAAUUCACUGGUUGGCUAUUGUCAAUUCUUUGAUCAUCUCAGGUCUUCUUAGUGGCAUUGUUGCUAUGAUCUUGGCCAGAACUGUUCGAGGAGAUAUUAAAGCAUAUACAAAGGAUGUCUCAGGAGAAGAUGGAAAAUUGAAACCAAAAAGAAGAUCUAGACCUGGUAGUGGAGCAAGAUCACCUAAAACCGGAGAAAAAACUGGGCUUGGUUUAUUGGAUCAGGUUGAUACUGAGAAUGAUGCGGACGUUUCUUCUGAUGACGAGCAACUGGAAGAUAUUACUGGUUGGAAAUUACUUCAUGGAGAUGUUUUCCGUCCACCUCCUUAUGGAUAUCUUCUAGCACCUUUGGUCGGAUCUGGAAUGCAACUCGUUUUCAUGGCCUUUGGAUUACUUUCUCUAAGUAGUCUAGGUAUACUGAACCCUAGUUUCCGUGGUGGAUUUAUCAGUGUCGGAAUUGGUCUUUUCAUCUUCGCAGGAGUUUUCUCUGGUUAUUUCAGCGCACGCGUCUACAAAACAUUUGGAGGUCUCAAUUGGCGCAAAAAUACCUUGAUCACAGCCAUUCUCUUCCCUGGUCUUCUCUUUUCUCUAGUUUUCAUCCUCAAUCUAUUCGUCUGGGCCCAGGCAUCUAGUACCGCCCUUCCAUUCGGUACCCUUAUUGCUCUCGUAUUCCUAUGGCUUUGCAUCCAACUCCCUCUUGUCUACGCUGGUUCUUACUACGGUUACACACGUUCCGGCGCAUGGGAAUCCCCAACAAAAACGGCUAUUAUCCCUCGACAAGUACCAAUUCAGCCAUGGUAUAUUCGUUCUACCUCUUCAAUUCUCCUAGCUGGCCUCAUCCCUUUCGCAGUAAUCUUUAUCGAACUUCUCUUUGUCUUCCAAUCACUUUGGCAAGAUAAAAGUGGAUAUUACUACGUAUUCGGUUUUCUCUCUCUCAUAACUCUUCUUCUUAUCAUCACCAUUGCGGAAGUCACAAUUGUUACUAUUUACAUUAAACUUUGUGCUGAAGAUUACAAUUGGUGGUGGCAUUCUUUCCUUGUAGGAGGUGGAUCAGCAGUUUGGGUUAUGGCGUAUUGUGUGUGGUUUUACAUGAGGAGGUUACAUAUUGAGGGAUUUGUUAGUGGAAUGUUGUUUUUCAGUUACUGUGGAGUCGUAGCUGUUACUUAUGGAUUGGCGACGGGAACCGUAGGAUUUUUGACAAGUUUUUGGUUUGUGAGAAGGGUUUAUGGUGCGAUUAAAGCAGAUUAAUAAUAACAAUAGCUACGAACGAAUAAACGAGUGGACGUACAAAUUCUAGUUCCGAUACCAUUAUUUCGUUUCUUGGCGUUUCGGUUUGGAUGGAAUGGGAUGGAAUAGGAUUAAGGUUGGGAAUAGGAAUAGCAAUAGGAGUUUAGUUUUAUGUGAGAAGUGAGAAGUGAGGGAGGAGAGGGGGAAGUGGAAGUCGGCGCAAGAUUAAGUAUAUGUACAUUUACAUAUGUAUGUACAAGAAAUAGCGAGGAAUAAUUAAUUAAACAAACAAAAUUCUAUUGAUGGAUUGGUGAUUUGGUUGAUGAGGCUGAUUUUUUGGUGUCAGAGGUAGUAAUAAGAUCAGGUAGUAUUAGUUGUAAAUGCAGCA